GUGAUCUCGACCUUUGUUUAACUUUUUCCUUAACUUUUUGUCAGACACUAAGAAGAAGAAGAGAAUAGAUCUAUUUCUAAACCAACCCCAUCAAUCCCACCUAGCCUUCCUUCCUUCCUUCACAUUCUUUCAAUCACUCUCUCUUUCUUUUCUCUCAAAGCAUAUUUUAAUACAAUUUAAUAUUCAAUAUUUAAGAUACAAUCUUCUUGGUCUUAUAAUCUUAUUAUUAAGAUCUGCCACUCAGUCUCUAUCUAUCUAGUCCUCUCAUUCAAACCAAACUAUAUAGGCUAUUACAUUUAUCUAUUUUAUAUAUUAUAUUAAAAGCUCCCCGCUCCCCACAUAAUUCAUCAUCGAUUACACCAAAAAAGAAAUAAAGCAUAUAUGUUACUAAGCUUUAUAGUAUAUAGAUUCCCACACCCCCCCUCUUCCUCAUUCCCUACCUCUUAAUAUUUUUCUUUUUUCUUUUUUAGUUAACUUUUGCUAAAAUCCAACUCAAAGAUCCCCAUUCUCUCUCUUUCUUUUCCAAGUAAUUGAAUUCUUCUAUUAUUCCUAAUCACACAGUUAUAUAUAUAUAUAUAUAUAUAUAUAAAAAAAAAACACAAACACCCCCAUAUAUGUAUUAUUUCAAACCUUCCUACCCCUCAACACACACCAAAUAAUCGAGUAGAGUAGUGGAGAGGAGUCGAAAACUACUCUCAAAAGAAAAAGAAAAAAAGAAAGAGAGAAAAUUAUUUGUAUUAUUUUGAUGUGGGUCGAAUGGUAUUGGUGUGUCUUGUCUUAAAUGGAUACCUUAUUCAGAUUAGUGAGUCUUCAAUCUGAUCAACAAUCCUUUAACUCAAGCCGAACUUCAAGUAGCUCAGCAAGAUCUUCUUCAACAAAUAAUAAUAAUAAUAUUAGUAAUAAUAAUAAACCAUAUUACCAAGAAGAAGAAUGCUUCAACUUUUUCAUGGAUGAAGAAGAUUUCUCCUCUUCUUCUUCUAGACACUAUUACCCUUAUAACCAUCCUCAUCCUUCUACAAGUACUACUCCAACUCCAACCCCAGUAGCCCUAACUCCAACUCCAACUACCACAACGGCAACCAACGCCAGCACAUCCACAACUACUGAUUUCUCUUUCUCACCACUCGGUGAUCUUAUCACUAACCUUGAUAUAUUCUCAUCAGGAAACAAGUGGGCCCCUGAGAUUCUCCUCGAGACGGCUCGAGCCGUGGCUGACAAGAACAGCUCUAGAGUACAACAGCUAUUAUGGAUGCUCAACGAGCUCAGCUCACCUUACGGCGAUGCUGACCAGAAGCUCGCGGCUUACUUUCUCCAAGCCCUUUUUAGCCGAGUCAACGACUCUGGAAACCGUUGCUACCGGACUUUACUCUCAGCCUCAGAUAAGACGUGUUCCUUCGAGUCAACAAGGAAGAUGGUUUUGAAAUUCCAGGAAGUUAGCCCUUGGACCACCUUCGGACACGUGGCGUCUAACGGUGCAAUCAUGGAAGCCUUCGAAGGUGAACCUAAGCUUCACAUCAUUGAUAUAAGCAACACUUUUUGCACUCAGUGGCCGACUCUUCUAGAAGCCUUGGCUACUCGUACGGACGACACUCCACACCUUCGUUUAACCACCGUUGUUUCCGCCAGGAAUUGCGGAACCGACGGUGGUUCCGUACAGAAGGUUAUGAAAGAGAUUGGAACGAGAAUGGAGAAGUUCGCUAGGCUGAUGGGAGUUCCGUUUAAAUUUAACGUCGUUCACCAUUAUGGUGACCUUUCCGAGCUUAAUUUGGCUGAGCUUGACGUUAGAGACGACGAAGCCUUGGCCGUCAACUGCGUCAACACUCUGCAUUCCGUCGCCGCCGUCGAGAACCGACGUGACUACCUGGCGGCUGCUUUCCGAAGCCUGAGGCCUAGGGUGGUUACGGUGGUUGAGGAAGAAGCCGAGCUCGACGUCGGACACGAUGGGAUCGAGUUCGUUAGAGGUUUUCAGGAAUGUGUGAGAUGGUUUAGGGUUUACUUUGAAGCUUUGGAUGAGAGCUUUCCUAGAACUAGUAACGAGAGGCUGAUGCUUGAACGCGCCGCCGGACGCGCCGUCGUUGACUUGAUCGCUUGUUCUCCUUCCGACUCAGUCGAGCGUAGGGAAACUGCUGUUAGGUGGUCCCGACGCUUGCAUGGGGCCGGAUUUAGCCCGGCCGCGUUUAGCGACGAGGUUUUGGAUGAUGUUAGGGCCUUGUUGAGGAGGUAUAAGGAGGGUUGGGCUAUGACGCAAUGUUCCGAUGCCGGUGCCGGAAUAUUCCUGACGUGGAAGGAUCAGCCGGUGGUUUGGACAAGUGCUUGGAAGCCGUGAUGAUAAUGAUGGUGAUAUUAUUAAUUAAUUGGCUUAAGCAUAAUUAAGUUCAUUUAAUUAAUUAUUAUUAUUAUCUCUCAUGCUUGAUGAGAGUGAUUCACACGUGUAGUAUGUUUUUUAUUUUAAGCACGUGCAUGGGAGCGUUAGGGAGUUUGUGAUAUGAUUGUGUUUUAAAGAAUUAUGGUGAAAAAGAAAAAAAAAGUGGAUCGAUCGAGUUUUAGAAGAGAAUAUUAAUUGUUGUUUAAUUUGGAUCGAAAAAUGAAGGAAAUUUAAUUAAUCUUCAUGA